AUGAAUAUGGUAAAAUUAAGACAGAUUCUGGAGCUGCGGAGGGCUACCAAGGCUCCGCCGUUGGUUCCGCCAAAGGCCAAGAGGUAGGCUUAAUUAGGGGAUUUUAGCGUUAUCGUCUUGAGGAUUAUAGUGAUUAAACCUUGCUUUAGGGGCUCUGAAGGUGAUUACAAGAGGGGACCGAAGGAGAUAAUCGACAUUCACAUCAGUGCUAGGUAAUUAGUUUGUGUCGUUUUAACUCAGGUAUUAAUAUUAGAUUAAAGAUACUGUAUUUAAAUUAAAAAAAGAAUUUUGAGAUAGUAACCUUUUGACCUAAUUAAGCCAAAUUUGCAAAAACAUAUUGUACAUUAGUUGCUUGGUGAUUUUUUUUAUUUUCUUUGUGGUUACCUAAUGUGUAAUAGCCAGGGCCGGGCGGGGACUAGGAGGGACCACGUUCAAAUUUUUUUCGAAAAUUUUUUUUCUGGGGGGGUACCCCUCGCGCCCGGCCCUUGUAAUAGCGUUUAAUGUUUGUAAGAGAUUGUUUUUAGGCAUUUCCGUUGUCUUCCCCAGUAUACCAACAACAAUAUUGUUUUAAUUUUUUCUGAAAGUGAUGACGCUCGUAAUGGUCCUUGGCGAGUCGUAAGUUUCUGUACCUUUUGGUCUUUGAGUUACUGUAUUUUAGUUUAUAAAAGAAUUUUUAAGAGUACAGUAUAGUUUUUUGUAAAAACUGUUAUUUUGUAACAGUAUGGCAGUUUUGUCUACAUUUUGAAGUUAAUGAAGUAAUGUCAACUCUUCAGACUACCGCUUCUGAAAUCUUCCCCAAGGCAGAAUGUUUUGAUUUGAAUUCAGUAUUUGCCGUCGAGUUUCAAUUCGAGAGAUGUCAGUAUAUUAAAGUUGAUAUGUAAGUUUCAAAAACAUGACGUGGUGUGUAAUACUCUGCUUUUUUUAUUAAAUUAUGUGUCUUUGGAUUCUAUUUUUUAUGAUAUUGUUUUAAUCACAUUUAUCUUAAUAUUAUACAUAUGAUUACUUUUAGUUGUGAAUGGGAAGAAAGCAACGCUACCAGCCUAGGCUACGCUGUGUUUUCAGUAGGUGAAUUAGUAGUAAAGUAUGGUAUUCCAAUCGACAAAGAAGUAAUGUAAGUUGUAUUUACAUGGUUCGCUAAAAUAUGUUACAUUUGGAUUUCAUACCAAAAAAGACUUUGAUUGUAUUGAAGCGUAUAAUACGAAAAUUGUAAACAAGGUUACACUAGGUAUUAAUUACAAUGUUUAAAUUAAGAAUUUGUAACAGUACGACAUUGUAAUAAUAAGUGUAGUAUAUUAUAUUAUUAUUGCAAUAUUAUAGAGAAGACGAUGCUGGUACCAAGAUAGCAGAUCUGUCCCUUUCUUGCACUUUAAGGCCGAAACCCCAUUCAGUACUGUUGCAGUUCUGCACCAAAGGUGUAUCAAAGAAAACAUUGACAUUGGGAACAUCUCAGGUACAACAUUAUGCUGUCUUAACAGUGUAUUUACUAGUAAUUUAUAUCUUACUAUAUGCUAACUAUAAUCAUGGAAUGCUAUUGUUUUCAAAGAUACGACCCUUAAAACGCUUUCUUCUGGUCUUUCCGGCCAUUAAUUGUCAUCGUACACUUUCAGAUGUUCUUUGAGAUUAAAAGGCUAGGAACUACAGCUGAAUCGGUGGUACUGUACAAGAGUGAAACUGUAAAGUAUGCUAACAAAUGUGUAUUCAGGACGUUUUCACUACAAUCUACUGAUGUCACCGAUAGGUAGGUCAUUUUGUAAAAAUAUUACUGUAAUUUGAACAUGAAGUUUACUUAAAGUAUUAGUUUUAAAAGGUAGUACGGUACUUUGAAGGAGUUUUGUCAACAAGUUAUUACAGUAUCCUGGAAGUGGUUUUCUAUCAAAAAGAAGGAAAAAGCGGUAAAGUUUUCAUUGGUUCGUGCGAGACCACAUACGAACGACUCCGUAUUGGCCCAACCUUCAGUAAUGUAUAUGCGGUAUGUUUGAGGUUGACGUAUUAAUGGCUGUUACAGUUGACAUACGAGAACUCAAAAGGCCAAAAGAAAGUUUGUGGAGAGUUCGAGUUGAUGAAGUUCAAUGAAAUGGUGUUGCCCUCUUUCUUGGAGUUCAUUAGUACUGGGUAAGGCUUUGUUUUAUAUUUAAGUGCGUUUAUUUCAAUUGUAGUUAUGUUUAUGAUAUUACAUAAGUUGUGUUUUAAAACAGGAGCUUACUUUACAUUAACUUUUGAAUACUAUUUUACUUUAUUAUGGUAUCAAUUUAAAUAUUGUUCUUUCUAACUAUAGGACCUUGAUCAAUGUUGCGUUUGCAAUUGACUUCACGCAAUCAGAAGCCGAGGUGGAUCCGGCCAACAUCAAACAGUACGUUGAUGAUGUAGAAUUGGCGAUCAGAGCUGUCGGAGAACCCUUGAAAGAGUUCAAUAUCUCUAGUGCCUACGCGGCCUUUGGAUUUGGAGCUAAAGUACCACCACACUACCGAGAAUCACAAGAGUUUUGCUUGGUAUGUCAUCGUAUUGUUUUCUUUGUAUUGUACAAUAUUUAAUUAUUUUACUAGUAUUUAUGAUUUAAUUGGCACUUUUGCCUACUUCAUUAUAGGCAAAAGUAAGGAAUUGGUGGUUAACCGUGGUAUCUUACUGCCCAAUUUAAUUUAUUGUAUUUUACCAUAGGUAUAUUGUCUUCCCAAUGUAAACACAAAUUAAUUAAGAAUUUGGACACAGACCCGUACUGUCGAGGAUUAGAUGGUGUACUGGAUGCCUUCAAGACGGCAUUUGCCAACACACGGCCGAUAAACAUGGCACAUCUCUCUCAUGUCAUCUACUACGUCUCCAAGUAAGUACAUUAUGGUUCCAAAGGUUUUAAAAAUAUUAGCUUAUUUUGACAAAGUAGUAUUGUACAUGAUUGUACGGUUAUUUUGCAUGAUUUUACUUUUGCUCAAGUAAUACAGAUACAGUCUAACAAGGUCGACUAUACGACCAUAACAAACAUAUAUAACCAACCAUAAUAUAAGAAACAUAAAACAAUGUACACACAACAAGACAACACUUUCAGAUUAGCCCAGAACGUCGUGGCCCGAUGCAAGUCCGGCCAAACACAGUACCACGUACUGGUGCUGAUCACGCGAGGCAUAUUCGAUGACAUUAAGGAGACGGUCCAGUCCCUCAUCUUCGCCUCGAGAGCCCCCAUCUCGGUGGUGUUCGUUGGCAUCGGAGAGCUGGACUUAAGUGAGCUGGAACGGUUGGGCACGGCCGGCACACGGCUCAACUAUCACGGCCGCAAGCCGGAAAGGGAUUGUAUGCAGGUAAACAACUUAGCCAAGUCACGAUAAUGUUUUGUUUGUGGGUCGGCAUUUUAGUUCCGGUUGGUUUUUGAUAAAAUUCCAGUAACAUAUACGUCAUGUGAACGUUAUGCUUUAGGAACGUAUAAAGCAUAUACAUGUUAUUUUUCGGGUUAACACUAAACCAACCUUUUUGACAUUACAAAGAAUUUUAUUGUUCAAAAUUGAUUCGAAUGUCAGCGUGGCAUAUCAAACAAAAGUCGAAUUGAUAUCGAUAAACCUAACAUAACAUGUUGUUUUAGUUCGUCUCCAUCCCAAAAUGUCGCGAAGAAGAAACCCAAAGAGCUGAUCUCCUUGCUCUGAUAGCUGAAAGAGCUCUCAUCUCCAUACCGUACCAAAUGACAUCGUGGAUGUCACGGAAUGGCAUCAAACCUCCAGUACCCGAGCCCUGCUCUUCUGUAAGAUAUAACUUGUAUCUCCUGAUUUGACCAAUUUUAUAACUUUUUUUAAAGUUUAUGACAAAAGUCAUCACAUGAACUAACAGUAUUGUUAUAGCGCCAUUCCUCAAGAGGAAGUACAGUAUUCCGGCCAGCCUUUCCUACUGUAGUCCACUCAAUGAAUGCAAAUGUUGUUGGUAUCUCUUCAGUCGAUAUAAACUCGUGUUCGACCAAGUCAAUUCACAGUAACGACAGGACGGAGGACGAUUCUCUCCAUUCUUCGCUUUCUAACCGUGAUUCUUCUAGCUUUAAGUAAGGCAAAGAAAGUUUUUGAAGUUUUAAUAUAAUUUCAACUCAUUCUUGAAAACAUUCUGGUCUAAAUUUCAAAAACAAUAUAGUUAAUAUUGUUUUAGAGAAAGCAAUAGCUCCCGAAAGCUACCGUCCCUAGAACAGUGUAGAUCUCAUUCGAUGAACAAUGAAGCCGACGUCCGGCUUUGA